AUGCCUAAAGGAAAAGCCAUCGCAACAGUCUCCGGUCGUAAGAUCGCAGAAGCAGAUGAAUGGGAAGUAGUUGAAGGAAACGUUUAUUUUCCACCUUCCUCGGUCGACAUGUCAUCCCUAAGCAAGACCGAUCAUUCAACGCACUGCCCUUGGAAAGGCGAUGCUGCGUACUACACCAUCUCUCUCGAUAAAACCGAGUUCAAAAAUGCUGCUUGGUACUACCCAACACCAAAAGAAAAGGCUGCCAAUAUCAAGGACCAUAUUGCUUUCUACAAAAACAUCGUCACUGUGACAACUGAGUAG